UGGUGACCUCCCUCAUCCCCGAGCAGGGAAGUGACGUCAGACGCCUCCAGCAGAUUAGUUAAUGACAGAGACGGUAAAGACGGACUGGGACACAGCGGGACCUCCGCCAAAAUCCAUCUUCAUCCUCGGACAAUUAACGCGUAUCCGUAUCAAAACUAGCGGGAGCAUAAAGUACAAACUCAGACCUUUUGAACGAGCUGCGUAUUAACCCAAUAUGAGGUUUGCGUCGUUUUAAAACAGGCGGCGAAAGAUUGUGAGAGCCGACUUCAUCCGGGAGACAGCCAACAACAAGAAGACACCACCAUCUCUACCAAGAGGCUUUUAAUGUGUGGGAUAUCCCCCCUGCUCUGCUGAUAAACGGGCUUGGGCUUAAAACCUGAACAUUUUUUUAUUUUGGAUAUUUUCGGAAGCUAGCGAGUGCGCUUGCUAGCCGAGCACAGGUCGCUGAUCAUGGAGUUGAGAGUGGGGAACCGAUAUAGACUGGGCAGGAAGAUUGGAAGUGGAUCAUUUGGGGACAUCUACCUGGGUACCGACAUCUCGGUCGGAGAGGAGGUCGCCAUCAAGUUGGAAUGCGUGAAGACCAAACACCCACAGCUCCACAUAGAGAGCAAGAUAUACAAGAUGAUGCAGGGUGGAGUGGGCAUUCCGACGAUAAAGUGGUGCGGGGCCGAGGGCGAUUACAACGUGAUGGUGAUGGAGCUGCUGGGGCCCAGCCUGGAGGACCUGUUCAACUUCUGCUCCCGGAAGUUCAGCCUCAAGACCGUCCUGCUGCUGGCCGACCAGAUGAUCAGCCGCAUCGAAUACAUCCACUCCAAGAACUUCAUCCACCGAGACGUGAAGCCGGACAACUUCCUGAUGGGUCUCGGCAAGAAAGGCAACCUGGUCUACAUCAUCGACUUUGGCCUGGCCAAGAAGUAUCGUGACGCUCGCACACACCAGCACAUCCCCUACCGCGAGAACAAGAACCUGACGGGCACGGCGCGCUACGCCUCCAUCAACACGCAUCUGGGCAUUGAGCAGUCCAGGCGAGACGACUUGGAGUCGUUGGGUUACGUCCUCAUGUACUUCAACCUGGGCUCUCUUCCCUGGCAAGGCCUCAAAGCCGCCACCAAGAGGCAGAAGUACGAGCGCAUCAGCGAGAAGAAAAUGUCCACGCCUAUCGAGGUCCUCUGCAAAGGCUACCCAUCGGAGUUUGCCACCUACCUGAACUUCUGCCGCUCCCUGCGCUUCGAUGACAAGCCUGACUACUCGUACCUCCGCCAGCUCUUCAGGAACCUUUUCCACAGACAGGGCUUCUCCUACGACUACGUCUUUGACUGGAACAUGCUCAAGUUUGGCGCCAAUAGGGCCGUGGAGGACGCAGAGAGGGAGCGUCGGGAGCGGGAGGAGAGGCUGAGGCACAGCAGGAACCCCGGGGCCAGGGGCCUGGCCUCGGCCUCAGGAAGAGCCAGAGCAGCUCAGGACGUCGCUGCCCCCUCACCUCUAAACCCCGCCUCACACACAGGUUUGGAGAAGGAGAGAAAGGUGAGCAUGCGUCUUCAUCGCGGGGCACCCGUCAACAUCUCCUCUUCUGAUCUCACGGGACGCCAGGAAACAUCGCGCAUGUCCUCACAGGCCCUGUCCCGGGUCACGCCCAGCGGCCUCCAGUCUGCGGCGCCGCGGUGAAACCCUCCCCAAUCCACCUGUGCACCACGGAGGCCUCAACACGCACCGCCUUCAACAGACACACACACACACACACACACACACACACACACACACACACACACACACACAGGACUCUUACAUGUCACAGAUGACUACCAACGAAUGCAACAGAGUCUGGCUGCCCUCCUGUACGCCUGAGGCGCACAACAAAGGAGUGUGUGUGUGUGUGUGUGUGUGUGAGAAUGGAGUACAGUUCGGUAGCAGCCAUGGCCUCCCUCCUCCUUACUGUCAAUGAAGCCAUGGAGUCACUUUCCUCCGGCAUCUUUUUAAGACUUUGGUUUUACUUAUCUUUUCUUCUUUAGCAAUGAAUACGUCUCUUACAUCGGCUCCACUGAUCAGACUUCACAAGGGAGUUUGAAAAUGGAGAAGGCCGAGCGUGUUGGCUGUCGAAAAAUAGUGUGUGGGGACAUUUUUGAUCACGAAGACAUUUGAUCCGUCAAGGCAGCGUUAAAAGACAAAGUUGUUUUUUUAAACCUUUUGCUUUAGGUGUUUGAGGUUGAAAUGUAAAGGUAGGACAACCCCCUUGUUUUUAAAAUGGGACAAAUGGUUUUUUUUAAUGUUCUAUUUCCAAUGGGGAUUCGAUAGUACGACUGUUUUUUUUUGUUUGUUUUUUUUCCUCCUCCUCCUCAGGUGCGUUUGAACAUGGACGUUGUAGUAAAUCCAGAAACACGCAGCACAUUUCUCUGUCCGUCUUCAGGUGGUGACUGCAGCUGCGCGGCUUGGGAAAGCUGUGAAUGGAAAACGGUCCGUCUGCAUUGAGCGGGCGAGACGUUGUUUUUAACCCGGUGCAUAGUGACGUGGUUGUUGUGUGUAUGUGUGUGUUGGUCUGUGCGGAUCUGUCUCGGGGGGUUAU